AUGUUCAUCUUGAUCACAGGGGUGAUGGUUAACGUUCCCCUGAUUUGGCUGUUUCUGAAGGAAAGGAAAUCCCUGUGUGCCUCAAAGGUUCUAGGUCUGAAUCUUGUCGUGAUGGAUCUUAUCUACCUGUCUAUAAUGCCUGUCAACUUGAUUUAUGAAACUAACUGGGAUCAAAGGGUCAGAAACAAUCAUUCAGUCUUUUCAUCCACCUUGCAAAAUCUCAACACUACACAUCCAAUGGAAAUGGCAAGAGACACCUUCAGCAUGUUCAAUCUGAUAGGCUGUCCCCUGCUGCUAACCUGCAUGUGUUUUGAGCGCUACCUGGCAGUGACAAGACCUGUGCUGUACCUGAGAGUGAGGAAAUGGGAGUACCGAAUGGCUGUUUCUGCUGCAGUGUGGGCAAUCACUUUGACCUUCUGUGUGGCCACAGUUUUAGUGGAUGAUAUGACUGUCAUUAUGGUGUGUGUUUCCACCAUCAUCUCCUGCACCUUCAUCAUAAUGCUUAUGUGCCUUGGGGCUGUGGUCUGGUCACUGUGGCAACAAAGCCCUGCACACACCACACAUGGAAUCGAUCAACGCUCACCCCUAAAGAGACGGGCAGUGGCUAAUGUGCUGGUUGUGGUGAUCCCUGCAGUGAUAUCUUACCUCCCAGUCCUGGUGUUGUUACCUGUAUAUUAUUUGCAUGAAUCACUGAAUAGGGCAAUGUGUAAUGCUUUUCAGUUAUCCUCUUUGUUCCCCGUGUUUGGUGUACUGAUAGGUCCUCUAUUCUAUUUCUCCAAGGCAAGACAAAUGUGCUGCCUAAGUGGGACAGGAAAGACAUUUAAUAAAUAG